ACCCUCUUCACCGAGAUGGACACUCUCCAACACGAGGGGGACGAGCUAGAGUGGAGGGAAUCAGCCAGGUGGGUAAAGUUCGAGGAGAAGGUAGAGGAGGGCGGCGAGCGCUGGAGCAAACCGCACGUCUCCACGUUGUCUCUACACAGCCUGUUCGAGCUGCGCACGUGUCUGCAAACCGGUGUCGUGCUGCUGGACCUGGACGGAUACUCGCUGCCGCAGAUCGUCGACGACAUCAUCGAGCGGCACAUCGAGGAGGGCAUGGUCAGUCCCGAGCUGAGGGACAAAAUCAGCUUUGUGCUGUUGAGAAAGCAUCGACACCAGACCAAGAAACCCAUCCACCGCUCGCUGGCUGACAUCGGCAAGGGCAACUCCACCCCCAGUCGUAGUCCAGCUCGGAGUCCAGCAGCCGGUGCCAGCUUCAAUCGCUCCAUAGAGGAUCUGCACAGCAAACAUGGAGGCAGCUACGGACGUCUUGGUCACGCCCAGAGCAGAAGUAUGAACGACAUCGCGGACACGCCAAGCACUGACCAGCUAAAGAACAAGUUUAUAAAGAAGAUCCCCAGAGAUGCAGAGGCUUCCAAUGUUCUUGUUGGUGAGGUGGACUUCCUCGACAAACCCUUCGUGGCCUUUGUACGACUCGCACAAGCCACAACACUAGGAGGCCUGACUGAGGUUCCAGUACCCACCAGGUUUUUGUUUGUGCUUCUGGGCCCUCCUGGCAAAGCCAAGUCCUACAAUGAAAUUGGCCGUGCUAUUGCUACACUGAUGGUCGACGAUCUCUUUAGUGAUGUGGCGUAUAAGGCCCGGGACCGAGAAGACCUGAUAGCUGGAAUCGAUGAGUUCCUGGAUGAAGUAACUGUCCUUCCACCUGGCGAGUGGGACCCCAAAAUUCGCAUUGAGCCACCCAAAAAAGUGCCAUCUGCUGACAAGAGGAAGUCAGUGUUCUCUCUGAACGAGCUGAGCCAGAUGAACGGCGCUGCAGGACCUGGGGGCGGUACUCCUGAGGACGAGGAGAUGCCCGUGCCGCAUGAGCUCGGUGAAGAGCUGGCAUACACCGGCAGAUUUUGCGGAGGUCUGUUCCUGGACAUCAAGAGAAAACUUCCCUGGUAUCCCAGCGACUUUUAUGAGGGUUUUCACAUCCAGUCAGUCUCAGCCGUGCUCUUUAUAUACCUGGGCUGCAUCACCAACGCAAUUACAUUUGGCGGCCUGCUAGGAGACGCAACAGACAAUUACCAGGGAGUAAUGGAGAGUUUCCUGGGUACAGCCUUAGCAGGCACAGUCUUCUGCCUUUUUGCCGGUCAGCCCCUGAUUAUCCUCAGCUCCACUGGACCCAUACUCAUCUUUGAGAAACUGCUCUACGAUUUCAGCAAGAGCAGCAGUAUAGACUACAUGGAGCUGAGGCUGUGGAUCGGCCUGCACUCGUGUCUUCAGUGCUUCUUUUUGGUCGCCACUGACGCCAGCUACAUCAUCCAAUACAUGACGCGCUUCACCGAGGAGGGCUUCUCCAGCCUCAUCUCCUUCAUCUUUAUCUCAGACGCCCUCAAGAAGAUGGCCGGGUCGUUCAGUUACUAUCCCAUCAACACCGACUUCCAACCCGACUUCAUCACUUCUUACAAGUGCGAAUGUCUCGCGCCAGACACGAUGGCUCCAAUGCUCUUCGGUGUUGUAGUUCCUGUGCUCGAUAACACGUCUGCUCUCUUUGGUAUGAAUAUAACAGCUCUUGACUGGAGUCAGCUCAGCAAGAAGGAGUGCCUGAAAUAUGGCGGCCAGCUGGUGGGAAGCUCCUGCAAGUUCGUCCCAGAUUUAGCGCUCAUGUCCUUCAUCUUGUUCUUCGGCACCUACUCCAUGACUGUGUCGCUGAAGAAGUUCAAAUUUAGUCGCUACUUUCCUACAAAGUUAAGGAAGCUUAUCAGCGACUUCUCCAUCUUCAUGUCCAUCAUGACGUUUGUGGGUUUGGACAUGCUCAUGGGACUCAAGACUCCUAAAUUGAUUGUGCCCACUGAGUUCAAGCCCACACGCCCAGACCGUGGCUGGAUCGUCAUGCCCUUUGGGAAGAACCCAUGGUGGGUUUAUCUGGCUAGCUUCAUACCUGCUCUCCUCGUCACCAUCCUUAUCUUCAUGGACCAACAGAUCAGCGCCGUCAUCGUUAACAGGAAGGAGAACAAACUGAAGAAAGGGUGCGGGUACCAUUUGGACCUGUUCUGGGUGGGUGUCCUGAUGGCCGCCUGCUCUUUUAUUGGCUUGCCGUGGUAUGUGGCGGCUACAGUCAUCUCUAUCGCUCACAUUGACUCACUUAAAAUGGAGAGCGAGUCCAACGCCCCAGGGGAACAGCCGCAGUUUCUGGGAGUAAGGGAACAGCGGCUGACAGGAAUCCUGGUUUUCGUCCUAACCGGAGUCUCCAUCUUUCUCGCCCCGAUUCUGCAGUUCAUCCCGAUGCCUGUGCUCUACGGUGUGUUUCUCUACAUGGGCGUCGCUUCUCUUGGGGGCAUCCAGUUCUGGGACAGGAUCAAGCUGUUCCUGAUGCCAGCGAAGCACCAGCCGGACUACACCUACCUGCGGCAUGUCCCGCUCAGGAGAGUCCACCUCUUCACGCUGCUGCAGGUCGUCUGUCUCUCCGUCCUCUGGAUCCUCAAAUCCACCUUCCUCGCCAUCAUCUUCCCCGUCAUGAUUCUGGGCCUGAUGCUGGUGCGCAAGAUGCUCGAUGUGGUGUUCUCUCAGCACGACCUAGCCUGGGUCGACGAUCUGCUGCCCGGGAAAGAGGAGAAGAAGAAGGAAAAGAAGAAGGUCAGGGGAGGAGAGGAGAGUGAGGAUGAGGAAAAGUUCCACCCGUACUCCGACUGCGCUCCUGCUGAUGUGGACGUGGACCGCAGAGUUGCCGCCACACCGCUGACCCUUGACCUUUUGCCAUUACCUCAUUCUUCCUCUCAUAACGGGGCCUCGCCGCUGCGCAGCAUCACCCUGCAUUUGAAGAUCUCGUGCCCGGUGACGCCCAUCGACCGAGGCGUCUCGUGUCCGGUGCCGCAGGUCAAGAUCGAGGUGGAGUCCGAGUACGAUGACACAGACACAGAGCUCAGGCACAGGAGUCACGACAUGAGCAGCGAGACCACGCUCUGA